AUGGCCGACAAACUUACCCGUGUCGCUAUCGUCAGUAGCGACAAGGUGACCCCUGAAUCUCGCAUCGCCUUCAUCUCAGAACAGCUAUGCAUUGGUUGUGGUAUCUGCCCGAAGCGUUGCCCAUUUGGCGCUAUUACUAUCAUCAACUUGCCCACGAACCUCGAGAGUCAAAUUACCCACCGUUAUGCCGCCAACAGCUUCAAGCUCCACCGCCUUCCCAUGCCGCGGCCUGGCAACGUCUUGGGUUUGGUGGGAACCAACGGUAUUGGCAAAAGUACUGCUCUGAAGAUUUUGAGCGGCAAGCUCAAGCCUAACCUCGGCAGGUUUGACAACCCGCCUGAUUGGGAGGAUGUCAUCAAGUACUUCCGUGGCUCGGAGCUCCAGAACUACUUUACCAAGCUGCUCGAAGAUGACUUGAAGGCGGUUGUCAAGCCGCAGUACGUCGACCAGAUUCCCAGGGCCAUCCGCGGCCCCGACAAGAGCGUCAAAACUCUGAUUGAGAGCCGCCUGUCCUUGGAUAACUUGGAUCAGGUUCUUGACACCCUCGAGCUUCGCCACAUUUAUGACCGUGACGUGACGUUGCUUUCUGGUGGUGAACUGCAGCGAUUUGCUAUCGGUACCGUUUGCGUGCAAAACGCCGACGUCUAUAUGUUCGACGAGCCGUCGUCAUAUCUUGAUGUCAAGCAGAGGUUGAGCGCUGCUCGCAUCAUUCGAUCUCUCCUGCGGGCUAAUGACUAUGUCAUCGUCGUCGAGCACGAUUUGUCCGUGUUGGACUAUCUCUCGGACUACGUGUGUGUCCUUUACGGCCAGCCCGCGGUCUAUGGUGUCGUCACGCUUCCCUACUCUGUUCGGGAAGGCAUCAACAUUUUCCUGGACGGCCAUAUUCCGACCGAGAACUUGCGCUUCCGCGAAGAAAGCUUGACAUUCCGCAUUGCGGAAAGCGGCGAGGAAUUCAUUGCGGAGAAGUCGCGAGCUUUCCGCUACCCGGCCAUGGAGAAGACGCUGGGUAAUUUCAAGCUGAGCAUCGAAUCCGGCGCCUUUUCUGACUCUGAGAUCAUCGUCAUGAUGGGCGAGAACGGGACUGGAAAGACCACAUUCUGCCGCAUGUUGGCUGGUGCUCUCAAGCCCGAUGGCAACCAGAAGGUUCCCGAAAUGAAGAUUAGCAUGAAGCCGCAGACCAUCACGCCCAAGUUCGAGGGUACCGUCCGGCAGCUGUUCUUCAAGAAGAUCAAGGCCGCCUUUUUGUCUCCCCAGUUCCAGACCGAUGUUGUCAAGCCUCUCAAGCUUGACGACUUCAUUGAUCAAGAAGUCAAGAACCUGUCCGGUGGUGAAUUGCAAAGAGUUGCCAUUGUCUUGGCCCUCGGCAUGCCUGCCGAUAUUUACCUCAUCGACGAACCGUCUGCGUACCUCGAUUCCGAACAACGUAUCGUUGCCAGCCGUGUGAUCAAGCGCUUUAUCAUGCACGCGAAGAAGACGGCCUUCAUCGUCGAACACGAUUUCAUCAUGGCUACCUAUCUCGCCGACCGCGUCAUCGUCUUCGAUGGCCAGCCGGGCAUUGAUGCGCAUGCCAACAAGCCCGAGUCUCUGCUCACCGGCUGCAACACGUUCUUGAAGAACCUUGACGUCACCUUCCGCCGGGAUCCCACCAACUUCCGUCCUCGUAUCAACAAGGCGAACUCCCAGCUUGACCAGGAACAGAAGCUCAACGGCAACUACAGGACGUCGAGAAGAGCUCUUGAAAAGGGCAUCCCCAAGAACAAGCACAACAAACACAACCGCCGCCCCUCUCGCGGCGAUGCAUCUGAUUCUGGCGUUCUAGGCGUUCAAAAGGUUGGCGGAUGCAAAAGUCGGCCCGGCGGCGCCCAGGGAAAUCCGGACGGUGCAUCAGACGAGGCGGGCAUGUCGGAGGACGACGAUCCGGACAUCUUCUAA